AUGCCAUCGUGGAAGCGCAAGAGCAAGGCCGGCGCGAAAAAGGAGGCGGAUGGCCCCGGUAGCUCGCUGCUGAUGUCUGUGGUCAACAACGCCAGCAGCCUCACGCUGCCCACCUCGUAUCCUCAUAGCCCACAGAGCCCUCAGAGUCCUCAGCAGAUACCGCUGCCAUUGCAGAAAGACCAAUCAGAACCGCAACAUCAACAAAAUCAACAAAAUCAAUCGCCCUCGCCAGAAGAUCUCCGCCUCCGAGCCAAACGCGAUGCUGCCUUUGGUCCAUUAGGCCACCCAUCGCAUCUCUGCGUGUCGCGCCAUGAAGGCGGUCAUCUGCCAGAUCCAAUUCUCGACGAGCCGCCGUAUUUUGUCAUGCUGACCACGUAUUUCAGCUUCCUGCUGCUGAUCUUUGUCGGACACGUGCAGGACUUUUUGGCAAAGUGGUUCACGCCGCACAAGUACCGCCAUUUAAUGAACCGUGAUGGGUAUGCGCCUCUGUACAGUGAUUUCCACAGCUUCUACACGCGCAGACUCAAGUUGCGCAUGAACGAUUGCUUUGAGCGGCCGACGACGGGCGUGCCGGGCCGAUUCAUUACCUUGUUGGACCGUGAGACCGAUGACUAUAAUCUCCAUUUCAAACUUACAGGGACAACGACGGAAACGCUGAACCUGUCGUCGUACAACUACCUGGGCUUUGCGCAGAGCGAGGGUCCCUGUGCUGACUAUGCCGAGGAGACUGUCAGAAAGGACGGCAUUAGUAUGGCUGGCACAGUCAGCGAUGGCGCAAACUCGGCCAUGCUUGUUGAGGUCGAGCGGCAAACGGCGCGGUUCGUCGGCAAGGACGACGCCGUCAUCUUCUCCAUGGGAUUUGUAACCAAUGCAACCAUCUUCUCGGCCCUUGUGGAAAAGGGCUGUCUGAUCAUUUCGGACGAGUACAACCAUGCCUCUAUCCGGUUCGGCGCCCGGCUGUCCAGUGCUAGCAUCCAGGUCUUUUCGCACAACAACAUGGCCGACCUGGAACGAAAGCUGCGUGAUGCCAUCUCACAGGGCCAGCCGCGCACCCACCGGCCCUGGAAGAAGAUUUUGGUUACUGUCGAGGGACUGUACUCGAUGGAAGGCACCAUGGUCAAUCUCCCCGCUGUCAUGGAACUAAAGAAACGCUACAAAUUCCAUCUCUUUGUCGACGAGGCACACUCCAUCGGUGCUGUCGGACCGCGCGGCCGCGGCGUGUGCGAUUUCUUCAAAAUCGACCCUGCGGGCGUCGACGUGCUGAUGGGCACAUUCACAAAGUCCUUUGGUGCCAACGGCGGAUACAUUGCUGCCGACAAGACCAUUAUCGACAAGAUCCGGAGUACCAGCGCCGGCCAACUCUACGGCGAAGUCCCCACGCCUCCAGUCCUCUCCCAAAUCCUCAGUUCUGUGCGUCUCAUCGCCGACGAAGAUCCCCUUCAUCCGGGUGAGGGCCAGGAGCGACUGCAGCGGCUCGUUUUCAACUCGCGAUAUCUGCGUUUGGGUUUGAAGCGACUUGGGUUUAUUGUAUACGGGCAGGAUGAUUCGCCUAUUAUCCCGAUUAUGCUGUACAACCCGGCCAAAAUGCCUGCUUUCUCUCAUGAGAUGCUCAAACGCAAGAUUUCCGUUGUGGUUGUCACAUACCCUGCCACCCCCCUAGAACUCUCGCGCGCGCGGCUGUGUGUCAGUGCCGCGCAUACCAAGGAUGAUCUGGAUCGUAUGUUGAUGGCGUGCGACGAGGUGGGCGAGGCUAUGCAGAUCAAGUUCUCGUCGGGCGUGGCUGGUGGCCUGCACGAGAGGCCUGAUUUUGUGGAUUUGAACAAUCCGAAUAAGACGGUGCUCGAGAGGCCGCGGUGGUCGGUCAAGGAGGUGAUGGAGAGGGGCGUCAGGGAUGUACAGAUGUCGUUGUACUAG